GACUGCAUCACCUAGUUGUCUCUACCGGCUUUCGUUCGUUUGUUUCCUCCCUUUACUACUGGCGCGCGUCUUACUGUUCUUAUGUGUUUAUAUGAUUAUGGCACCUUCCUCCUCACCACCUCACCCUCUUGUGUACACUCGUGUCCCCCACCGUUGCGCAUCUUGUCCAUUCAUCUCUCCAUACACUCAUCCCGCUUUUCUCCUUCACCUGUUCAUAUUGCGUCCCGCGCUGUACACUGUAGCACUUGCCUAUAUCAUUAUAGCAGCAUGCUGAGAUCCACGAUGGUGUGAAGGCUUGUAAGGGCUUGAG